AUGAAUGAAAGAGAGAGAUGCGAUACAACAUUAGGUCUUGGGAUUGGAGUGGGGAUCAAACGGGAGAGGCAAUCAAAGCAAAACCAGAGGAGUUUUUGGUUGGAUCUUUCAUUACCACUUCAUCCAAAGAUUGAAGCUAGUGAGCAUGUCCAUAGUUACGAUAAUGAAAAAGAUGAUCAAGAUUCUUUUAGUUCUAAAACCAUCGAUGAUCAAAAAGAAGAAGAGAGAGGAAUAAAACGAAGCGCUAGCAACACUAAUGUCUAUAAUAACAACAGUGAUGGAUCAAGAAAGAAGUUAAAACUCACAGCGGAACAAACUACGUUGCUAGAAGAUAGUUUCAAAAUCCAUUGCACCCUUAAUACGGGCCAGAAACAAGAACUUGCAAAGAAAUUGAAUCUUCUUCCACGACAAAUCGAAGUUUGGUUUCAGAAUAGAAGAGCAAGGACAAAGUUGAAGCAUAUCGAACAAGAAUGUGCGUUGUUAAAGAAAUGUUGUGAGACCCUAAAUGACGAGAACCGUAGAUUGAAGAAAGAGCUGCAGGAGUUGCGGUGUUAUUCAUUAAAGUUUGAUCAUCAUCAGCCACCACACUCGCAGCUACCUCUCUACGUCCGAUAUCCGACCACAUCAGAGAUGCAUCAUCCAUGCGACAAACUUGGAAAAUCCGGCCAAGAUACGAAAACGGUAGUACUCGAGAAUGGCGGCAGCAUAACUCAGAUGCAUGGUAAUUAUAAAAAGAAUGCUGCGGAUAAAUUGUCAUAG